GUUACAACCUCUAUAACUUCAUUUAGCCACAUGUUAGCAACCGUCUAUUUUAAGACGUGUAACAGGUUAAAAAAAUCAGGACUGGGGUAUUUACUGACGUAUUUUAUGUAGGAGACUUAAACGUGAAAAUGUCUUGGGCUUGUGUUAUUCACAGACUAUAUUUUAGUCAUCUAACCAAAAAACACAUUCAGGAAACCCAUCGACUUUUGGUGCAAAGAUGCUAACUUAUAACUGUGCAACACACAGUUCAACUUCAUAGCGGUUGAAAGGGAGUGAAAAUGUCUACCGGACUAAGUACAUAGUGGUGGAUGAACAGUUUGGUUUCGAGUGUGUAGUGUUCAGUGGUUGUAAUGCAGCGGAGUAAAGCGUCUGUGAGUGUGGAGGUGAAGCAGGUGAUAGGAGCUCUGUGCAGACUGCUAACGGCCACCGGUCUGGAGGCUGUCCCCGCACCGGAGACCUUCAGACGGGCUAAAUUCGGUGGAAACGAGGUGGAAGGUCAGUUUUGGCAGCUCCUUGCCAACAUCCUUCAGAGGACUGACAUUGUUUCCUCUGAAGCCAGCACACAGCUAAGAGGAGACUUGGAGCUCAGGAAGCUGGUGGCUGCUGGCCUAUGGCAGACUGGUUGCCAUGCUGACUGGAUGUAUGGGAGCGAGGGAGGAGGAGGAGAGGAGGGAAGGAGUUUCUCCAGCAGAGAUCUCCUCCUAGCUCUAGGCUGGUUGCUCGCUACAGGAGCAAUAGAGAAACUGCUGACACAGCGAGUGCAACAACUAGACAAAACACUACUUGCAUCUAUACCUGUGAACACUCAGGUCUCUCAUGAGCUCCAGUUAGACUCGGCCUCCCUGCGGAGACUUCAGUGGCUCGUCGGCUGUCUGAGACACCAAGGGCGGAUCCUGCUGUGCAUGCUAGAGGAGCGAACUCGGUUGCUUCAUGCUGUUCUUUCUGCCAGUCUCCCCUCCACUGUAUCUGCCUCCUCUGAUCAAAGCUCUACAGUGAUGAACGGUGACUGUGUGCGUAUGCAGCAGCUCUCUGACCUCCUAGAAGCAUAUCUGAACUGGAAACAGGUGGAGAAAGUCUUCUGGACCUGGAUGGACAGUGUGAUGGACUGCCAUCUGAAAGAUCCUGUUGUCAAGAAGCCAACACAUACACCCAACGUGUGUCACCAUGGAAACGAGGGGCUUGAGAAAUUGGAUGACAUGCUGUUGAGACUGCCCACAACACAGAAAGGACAGAGGAGAGAAGGAGGGGAUACUGAGGACAGAGGAAUCUUUCCUCUCCCCUCCCUGCCUUCCCUCCUCCAGGCCCACCGAGUCAGGCUCCAGGUUGAGAGGCCUGUCAGACACAGCAGCUACCCAGCAGAGAGGCACCGUGGCAGGGCUGAGGCUCCAGAUGAACUCCCAGCGUCUCAGGCUGCACAGCUGCUUCUUCAGACAGAGGCUCUGCUGCUGGAGAGGAGGGACAAGCAGAGACUUGCCAACAGGAUGCAGCUGCAGGAAAUGAUUGGUGGACUGGAUGAAGUGGUGUUGAUACCACCAUAGAUUUUUAUUUUUUAAUUGGACAAUUAAAUUUUGCAAUAGUACAUGAGAUGCUCUUGUCAAAUUUAUAAGGACCUGUCUAUGAGACAUGUUUUUCCUAUUUAUAUGACUUUAUCAGGAUUACUUAUAUGGCUGAAAGUUUUGUGAUGGACAUGUUCAGAUAUAUAACAUGCAGAUUUAGUAAAACCAAAACCAGAAAUGACCAGAAAUUCAUUUUACAGUUGAAACAAGAUACUUUCUUGUAUUUUUGGCUGGACAGUGGGGCUAGCUCUACAAAAACGAAUGUCCAUGACCGACUGACCGAGUGAGUGAUCAAGUUACACCAUUGGUCAGCUGAAUGCCCCAUGAAUGUUAUCGGCCAAGUGUAGGAGUUUCCCCAUCAGCUGUUUACAGCCUGCAGUGUUGUGAACUUUUCAGACACCAUUAACGACAAAAAAAGCAUCUGGUGACUAAUCCAGCAAGUUUUUGGACACACCUUAGCUACUGAGUCUGUGCGAGAGACAGAAUGAGAAAGAUAUUCUGUUGCUUCUAACGUUCUCUCUGAGUGAUCGUUUUACAUGUAA